CAUAUAUGACAUACCAUAAUUCGUGGGGUUUGUGGAUGCAUGGCAGAGCGAGCUAAAAGCAGAUACUGAGAUACCCUGGACAGCGCACGUUCUGUCUCCUCUAGCCCACCUCUCUCUCUCCAGGGUAACGUGCCUCACAAUCUCAACGCUAUUUGACCUCCGCGGUACAAAUUACAGGGCUUUUUACAUCCAGCAAAAGGAGAUGGACCAUUUAGAAAGUUUGGACGAGCGGUUAAACGCGCUUUUUUACUUCCUGUUUGAAGACAGAGACUCCAGGGUACGAGGAUGGCUCCUGAUGGACUCAUAUCUCCCCACCCUCUCCCUCACCAUCCUUUACCUCCUCACAGUAUACCUGGGAUCAAAAUACAUGAGGAACAGGCCAGCAUACUCACUCAAGGGUGUCUUACAAGUGUACAACUUCUCUGUGACCAUGCUCUCCCUGUACAUGCUGGUUGAGCUCGUCUCGGCAACCUUGUCGGCAGGCUACCGUCUGCAGUGUCAGGGACUCCACGAGGCAGGGGAGGCGGACCUCAGGGUAGCCAAGGUGCUGUGGUGGUACUACUUCUCCAAGGUGAUUGAGUUCCUGGACACCAUCUUCUUUGUGCUGCGGAAGAAGAACAGCCAGAUCACCUUCCUGCACGUUUAUCACCACGCCUCCAUGUUCAACAUCUGGUGGUGUGUUCUGAACUGGAUCCCCUGUGGACAGAGUUUCUUUGGGCCGACUCUUAACAGUUUCAUCCAUGUGUGUAUGUACUCCUACUAUGGCCUGUCUACAAUACCCUCCAUGCAGAAAUACCUCUGGUGGAAGCGUUACCUGACUCAGGCUCAGUUGAUCCAGUUUAUACUGACCAUCACACACACCCUGUCUGCGAUCGUCGUCCCUUGUGGUUUCCCCGUCGGAUGUCUGCUCUUUCAGUUCUCCUACAUGGCCACCCUCGUCAUCCUUUUUGUCAACUUCUACGUCCAGACCUACAGAAAAAGACGGCCAGAAGAAUCCAUCAAGUCCAGUCGCCCAAAUGGCCACUCUGUCUCCACCAAUGGCACCAGCUUCAAGAAGAGGAAGUAGUAUUUGGACCUGGUUGUCAAGACAACGACCUACUUCAACAACCACCAGAAUCUAUACACGUCGUGACACUACUGCUGAAAUGCUCCAAGACAGGGAUAAGUUUCAGUAUGCAUGUUGCGUUUUUGUAUAGAAUACUUUGUACUUAAUUUUUGUAUAAAAUUCUUUAUUUGGUUUCCUUGGAGCUUGACAACAUAUGUGUAACAUAGUGUACGUACAGGAAUGAUGCGCUCAUUUCCUUUGCACUUUCAAUUGCUGAAAUGCAAGUGUGAAAACUCCAUCCAUUCCUUACCACGCAGUAACCUAUGCAAUUCAUAGUUUAUAUUCUCAUAGUGUUAAAACCUGAAUACAAUCAGCAAUUUCCACAAUACUUUGACAUAAUUUACUUUGCUAUAAAGCCAAACAUUGCUUUAUUGAAUAUAGCCCAUGUGUACAGUGUGUACUCAUCAAAAAUAUCAGUCCAGAGCAUUCACUGAAAUCAUUGUUAAACUAAAGAUGCCUUAGAAACACUGCAGAUCCUUAUACCUGAUGUAUCACAAUGUAUUUGAAUGUCUUCGUUUACGGGUACAAAAUGUGCUGGUAAACAUUUGACUGGGUCUUUAGAAAAAGCAAUAUUGAACAGGCUUUCCUGACGACUUUGGUAGACUUUAUACACUGAGAAAUGCAACCACUGAUCAAUAUCUUUGAAUGGCUAUCGGCAAACAGACAAAAUAAAAGUACUUCAAAAAAAUAAACGAGCAUGGUCUGCCUUGCUCUAUGGUGA